AUGCUGGACAUUUCGCUACAGGAUCUCAAUAACCCGUCAGAACCUCACCAAUGUCCGAAUACUCUCCCCAAGAUUGCAGCAAAUCUCCCACUUUCACAUCCUAGCUGGACAGUUACGUUAGUUGAAUGCUGCGAGAGAAUUUCUUAUUAUGGGUUAAGUGGUGUUUUCAUGAACUAUAUGUCCAACUCUCCAAAUGAUAGAAUACCGGGGGUAUUGGGUCUUGGACAUCAAAAGGCAGCCGUGUUUAGUUACUUCUUCCAGUUUUGGUGCUAUGUAUGUCCUAUUCUAGGAGCUUGGUGUAGUGAUACCUUAUGGGGUAAAUACCACACAAUUUUAAUAUUUUGUUGGAUAUAUAUCGCGGGAAUUGGUGUGCUUUUAUUGAGCUCACUUCUGGAAAAUUCUUCCACUACAUUCUGGGGAUUUUUGAUUUCGAUCAUCGCCAUUGGCCUAGGAACCGGUGGUGUAAAGGCAAAUGUUUCUCCUUUGGUUGCUGAUUGUGUUCCAAAGUUUGAUUCUUUUGUCUCUUUGCGAAACGGUAAUUCCGUAAUUGUUGACCACUCAGUAACAAUGCUGAGGGUUUUUAUGAUUUUCUAUUUGGCCAUAAACACAGGAUCUUUAGCAGCAAUUAUUACCACCGCUCUAGAAGCCAAAGUCGGUUUUUGGGCAGCGUAUAUGUUGGCAUUCAUUUUUUUCUGUAUAGGGUUGCUAAUAUUUACCAACGGAAAAGAAAAAUACGUUCAUUUACCUCCUUCAAGAAAUGCGAUUUCAAACAGCUUUAAAAUCACUUUUAUGACCGUGAGGAACAAUUUCGAUAUUCAAAGAUGCAAAGGACACGGUCCCUGGGAGGAUCUGUUUGUUGAUGAUGUUCAUCAAGCUUUGCGUGCUUGCAAAGUUUGCAUUUUUCUUACUGUGUACUGGGCAGUUUAUGGUCAAAUUUUGACCAACUUUAUAACUCAAGCAUCCGAAAUGGAAUUACAUGGCAUUCCCAAUGAUUUGAUGGGGAAUAUUGACCCUAUCACUAUUAUUAUCUUCAUUCCUAUUUGCGAUGGAUAUAUUUAUCCAUUUUUAAGAAACAGGCUACAUGUUCAAUUCAAAGCAAUCACCAGAAUCACUUGGGGUUUUUAUUUUGCUGCAUCUGCAAUGGUAUAUGCGGCUUUUGUGCAAUAUUUGAUUUAUUCUGCUGGCCCGUGCUACGACAAACCUUUGAGAUGUGGUGCUGAUCAGCAACCGAACCAGGUACACGUUGUUAUGCAAUCACCGGCGUAUUUCUUGAUUGCAAUCAGUGAAAUCUUGGCAUCAGUGACAGCGCUCGAAUUUGCGUACACAAGGGCCCCUAAAUCAAUGAGAUCGUUUAUCAUGAGUGUGUUUUUGUUGACUUCUGCUGCAGGAUCGGUGGUUGGCAUGUUUAUUUCUCCUUUUGCUACAGAUCCUCACAUGAUAACUUUCUAUCUCUCAUUAGCUGUGGCUUGCUUUGUUUCUGGAAUAUUGUUCUAUUGUUUUUGUAGCAAUUUGGACCAAGAGGAUUCAGGUAAAGCUAAAGAAGAAGAAGAAGGAGAAGAAGAAGGAGAAGUUGAACAAUCUUUACUUUCAAAUAAUCCUGAGAACUAA